GCCAACCUUUCCCGGGUUUAAUGUAUUUUUUUUCUCGCUCCUCUCGGCAGGUUCAUGUGUGGGGACCAGCCUUAUAUGGACUGUUCACUCCAGCAAUGGCUUAUUUUUUUCAAGCGGCAGGCACGGGUUCGGUGUGUUUAAGCAAGAACCAGAAGUGAUCCUUUUUUUUUUCCCUUUUUUUUUUUUUUUUGGCGUGUCUAUUCCCCUUUCCCCUGGAGUUACAAACUAUUUCCGAAGCCAGUUGCUACUUCUGCUCUCUGAAUUUCCUCCGCAGCAGAACAAGCCCGUAGAAACCCAGAGAUCUACCGCUGUGGCCGGGGCGCCUCUUCUUCUUCUGCACAAGAACCCUCGAUUAUUUUUCUACAUAUUUUUUUCCGGCUCCAAGUUUGCCAGCGCCGCCACCCCGAACCCUCCUCCCCCUCGCUGGUGUGUGCGUGUGUGUGUGUGCGCGCGUUGUUGUUGUUGUCGUUGUGCGUGUGUGUGUGUGCGUGUGCGUGACACAGCGGAUCGACAAGCUGCUCCGUCAACUUUCCUGUCUAAAUUUGGCCAGAACAUGUCUCUGACCAACACAAAGACGGGGUUUUCUGUAAAGGACAUUUUGGACCUCCCUGACACCAAUGAUGAGGACGGUUCCGUUGCUGAAGGAGGCGAAGAGGAGAGCGAGGCAUCGGAGCCUCCCAAGAAACCGGGAGUUUUGGGACAAAACCCAUUGGACACUGUUCAAACGCUGCCUUUGAAGAACCCUUUCUAUGAUAAUAGCGAUAAUCCCUACACGCGUUGGCUCGCUAGCGCCGAGGGCAUCCAGUACUCCUUGCACGGGCUGGGCGCCGGCGCCGCCAGCCAAGACUCCUCGGCCAAGUCCCCCGAGCCGUCGGCUGACGAGUCGCCGGACAACGAGAAGGAGGCGCCGGGCGGCGGGGACGCGGGGAAGAAGAGGAAGAGGCGGGUGCUCUUCUCCAAGGCGCAGACCUACGAGCUGGAGCGGCGGUUCCGGCAGCAGCGGUACCUCUCUGCGCCCGAGCGGGAGCACCUGGCCAGCCUGAUCCGCCUGACGCCCACGCAGGUGAAGAUCUGGUUCCAGAACCACCGCUACAAGAUGAAGCGGGCGCGGGCCGAGAAAGGGAUGGAGGUGACCCCGCUGCCGUCCCCGCGGCGGGUGGCCGUGCCGGUCCUCGUCAGGGACGGCAAGCCCUGCCACACGCUCAAAGCUCAGGACUUGGCAGCCGCUACUUUCCAGACAGGCAUCCCCUUCUCCGCCUACAGCGCCCAGUCUCUACAGCAUAUGCAAUAUAACGCGCAGUACAGCUCCGCCAGCAACCCCCAGUACCCCACAGCGCACCACUUGGUACAAGCGCAGCAAUGGACUUGGUGAGCGCGGCGGGGAGAGCGCGCACCCACCUACACCCACCCCGCACCCACACGCGC